AAUAUUACUGAAGGCAGCAAAACUCACCAUUACAAAUUCGACAAAAGAAGAACCGAAUUGCUAAACUAAUCUAGGUUGAAGCGUAGAGCUAAAAUUAAAUUAAAGGGCUUGAAACUAAGAUAAAUCUGAGUAUAAAGAGAAGUUGUGCUGAGUCUGUUGUGUGAGAUGUCGAUCCUUUGUUUGAUCUUAUCAUUAGAUAUAUAUAAAUUCUUUUGAUUUAAUAAUUGCAACAAUAAUAGUAUGUUCAUACUAGGAGGAGAUGGAAUUCAUGUUCAUGUUCUGUCAAUUGGUUACAAUUACAUAAACACUUCUACAAUGCAUUGCAUGAGAAAGAUAACCGUAGGAAGUCCCGAGGGAAAUUCUUCUUGACUGCACUCAUCUGCAGCUUUGCUUGGUAUGCCUUCCCCGGAUACCUCUUCGAAAUUCUGACAUCCAUUUCUUGGGUCUGCUGGGCAUUCCCCAAGUCAGUAACUGCCCAUCAGAUUGGAUCAGGCAUGAACGGACUUGGCCUUGGAUCCUUUUUUCUAGACUGGUCAACCAUAUAUAUCCUCUUUCCUUGGCAACCCUCUCAUCACCCCUUCCUUCACCAUUGUCAACAUCCUUGUAGGCCACAUUUUAACACUCUAUGUCAUCAUUCCCAUUGCUUAUUAUGUGCUAACUACCUACAAUACCCAAAGAUUCCCCAUCGUUUCUUCGGAUUUGUUCAAUUUCAAGGGAAAAGAAUACAAUAUUUUAUCCAUUAUGAAUGACAAGUCAGAAAUAAACUUGUAAUAUAAUAUAAAAUAAUACUGAAGUUGAUUGGCCCUUACUGCUCAUAUGAAUGCAUUUUUCAUAUGAGCAGUAUGGGCCGAUUAACUUCAAUGUUAUCUUAUAUUGUAUUAAAAGUUUAUUUCUGACUUGUCAUUCAGAAUGAAUGAAACAUCAUAUUCUUUUUCCUUGGAAUUGCGAAGGGAAUCUUUGGGCAUUGUAGGUAUUUAACACAUAAUAAGCAUGGAAUGAUGAUAUAGAGUGUUAAAAUGUGGCCUACAAGGAACUUGAAAAUGGUGAAGGAAAGGGUGAUGAGAGGGCUGCCAAGAAGAGAGGAUAUGGUUAGUCGGAGGAACAAAUCGUGCCAAUGGAUGUGUUCAGUGGUGAGAAUGCAGCCGAGUUAAUCAUGGAGGAAGUUAACAUAGAAUGCAGCCAAGUCAACACCUCCAUGUCAAUUGAUAUGAUUUGAUUGUGAUUGGCGUUCUCAAUUGAUAUGUUCUAACAAAAAAAAAAAGAAGAAAUAAAUGCAUUUAAUUAAA